AAAAAAUGUCGAUACGCAGUUUCGAAGCAACGCCGUUUCACGGUUCUUCGUCAUCGCUUUCCCCUCCCCCGUCUCUUCUCCGGGAAUAAGCACGCGUGAAGCUUCGUCUUGGAACCGACUGCGGAUUCGCCUCCGAUCUGUCCCCGGGCCGCCGGCGCCGAUGGAGAAGGUGAAGAACAUGCUCAAGCCGCGGCCGACGCCGCAGCAGCAGCUGCGCGAGUGGCAGCGCCGCCUCCGCAACGAGUGCCGCGUCCUCGACCGCCAGAUCCGAGAUGUGCAGAGGGAGGAGAAGAAUGUAGAGAAAGCCAUCAGGGAGGCUGCCAAGCGCAAUGACAUGGGAUCUGCAAAGGCUCUUGCUAAGGAACUUGUAAGAUCAAGACGUGCUGUCAAUCGUCUUUACGAAAACAAGGCUCAACUAAAUUCAGUGUCAAUGCACCUUGGAGAAAUUGUCGCAACUGCAAGAACAGUGGGUCAUCUGUCCAAAAGCACUGAAGUGAUGAAAAUUGUUAACAACCUAAUGAAAGCUCCAGAGCUGGCUAUCACGAUGCAAGAAUUUAGCAAAGAAAUGACCAAGGCAGGUGUGAUGGAAGAGAUGGUGAACGAGGCAGUUGAUUCAGCUUUGGACUCUGAGGACAUGGAGGAGGAAAUCGAAGAGGAGGUUGACAAGGUUCUUGCUUCAGUAGCAGGGGAGACUGCCUCCCAGCUACCAGAUGCUGCCAGAACACAGAAGAUACAUGAGGCUUCAACAAGCAGGGUUCCAGAAGAGCGGCAAGCUGUUGCAGAGGGCGCUGACGAUGACGAGGAAGACCUAGAAGAGAUCAGGGCACGGCUUGCUAAAGUGAGGUCGUAAUUCAUAUACAUCUCUGAGCCUUCUAACCUGGGGAGCCCAUGGCUCAUGAAACAUGGUGCCCAAACACGUGUAUUGUGAAUUGAGUUGAUAGCGGUGCAGAUUUUUUUUAUUACCCUCGAGUCGACCAUAUAUGAACUGGCAGUGUAUUGUUGUACAGUAAGCAACGCGAUGACAGGCGGCAUGGAAUAUCUAUUAGAAUAAUAUAUGGAUAGCGACAUGUCUCCUGAUUUGACGAAGGGAUGUAAGAUUUAGAGCAUGUCUGGUUUCUCUUACUAAAUUUUAGCUAGCUAAAACUAUUUUAGCUACUUUUGAAUGACCAGUGAGACUAAACUAUUUGAACUUA